AUGACUGGCACCAAGGAGAAAGGUCACGACUCCUUCCGGGUCAACUAUCCAGAUGACUCAGAGAGUGAACACAUCUCUGGACAAGCUAAUAAACCACUAUCACUACCGCCUCAUGCUCUAGAUGUUGGCCAGGUUGUCACAGAGCUUGACGUUGAUGCCAGUCAGGGACUGACCAGCGACGAGGCCUCUCGCCGGCUUGAGGAGCUUGGCCGCAACGAGCUUCGUCAGAACAAGGGUGUGCAACCGGUGAAGAUCUUUCUGGAGCAAAUAUUCAACGCAAUGACUUUGGUGCUUCUUCUGGCUCUUGGUGCAAGUUUUGGCAUCCAAGCCUGGAUAGAAGGUGGAAUUUUAGGAGGCAUCAUCGUUCUCAACAUUUUCAUCGGUUUCGCCCAGACCCUUCAAGCCGAGAAGACGAUCAACUCGCUCAAAAAUCUCGGUUUCCCAACCUGCAAAGUGUUUCGCAACGGCAAGACUAUCGAGAUCCAGACGGCCGAAGUUGUACCCGGCGACAUCAUCGACCUGAUCACUGGCGACUCCGUCCCCGCAGACACCCGCCUCAUCGAAGCUGUUAACCUCGAGGCUGACGAAGCUUUGCUUACCGGCGAAUCCGCGCCUGUCUCGAAGAUCCCGAAGUCGACUUUCAACGAUGAUACCGGCCCAGGCGACCGACUGAAUGUGGUCUACAGUUCAACAGUGAUCACGAAAGGUCGCGGCCGCGGUGUCGUCUUUGCAACUGGCAUGUGCACUGAGAUCGGUCUCAUUGCUGGUGCUCUGAAUGGCGGCUCGAAAGCAAAGUCGUACCUGAAGCGCAGCGAGGACGGCAGAGUUUCCGUGUUUGCAUACAUCAUGGCAGCGUGGAUGAUGACUCGCGAUUGGGUCGGCGAGUUCUUGGGACUGACCAUUGGCACACCCUUGCAGAAAAAGCUGUCUCAGCUGUUUCUGUGGCUUUUUGCAUUCGCUAUCAUCUGUGCCAUCAUUGUCAUGGGCGCCAACAAAUUUGAUUCACGCAAGGAUGUCAUUAUCUACGCUGUAACAACUGCCAUCGGAACCAUUCCUGUUUCGCUGCUGCUCGUAUUGACAGUCACCAUGGCUGCUGGUACAAAAAAGAUGCUCGAGCGUCACGUUAUUGUUCGGAAUCUUUCAAGCCUGGAAGCACUGGGCGGAGUGACGAACAUUUGCUCCGACAAGACCGGCACAAUCACGCAGGGACGCAUGGUUGUCCGCAAGGCCUGGCUCCCUGGAGUUGGCACUUACUCCGUGCAGACGACGAACGAUGUAUACAACCCGUUCUCCGGCUCGGUUCAGUUCACCGCCGGCCAGCCGAGAGAUAUUAGUGCGGAAGCCGAAAAGCAACACGACGAUACCACCGAUCCCAUUGACCCGCACCACGAAUCUGCAAGCAACUCGGCUCUCCAGUGGUACCUCAACAUAGCGUCACUGGCGAACCUGGCCACUCUGAAGCAAAGCGACGACAGCUCUGCGAACCCGGGAGAAUGGAAGGCGACUGGGGCACCCACAGAGAUUGCUCUUGAGGUCUUUGCUUCUAGAUUCGGGUGGAAUAGACUCCAGUUGACCCAAGGCCCUGAGGCCGCAUGGAAGGAAAUUGCAGAGUUUCCCUUUGACUCUGACGUCAAGAAGAUGUCCGUAAUGUUCCAGAAUCUUGAGUCUCAGGAGAUGCAUCUCUUCACCAAGGGCGCCGUCGAACGUGUCCUUGAAACCUGCGACACCAUUGCUCUCGAUACCGCUACCCGAACCCUGACCGAGGCAGACAAAGACAACAUUCAUGCCAACAUGGAAAGUCUCGCUGGCCAAGGCCUUCGCGUUCUCGCCCUAGCGCAUCGAAACCUUGAGAGCACCGUGUCAGCAUCCCAGUUUGCCGAAGGCAAGAUCGCUCCCCACCGCGACGUUUUCGAACACAACCUGACCUUCCGCGGCCUCGUCGGCAUCUACGAUCCACCCCGUCCAGAGUCGAAGCCCAGUGUGAAGGCAUGCCAAGGUGCCGGGAUCGUCGUGCAUAUGCUCACCGGCGACCAUCCGCAAACAGCAAGGGCUAUCGCGACCGAAGUUGGCAUCUUGCCGUCGCCUGAGAAGUUCAAGAUGCUGCCGGCCGACGUCGCUCAAACGAUGGUGAUGCCUGCUCACGAUUUUGAUGCUUUGACGAAUGAUCAGAUCGAUGAGUUGCCUCAGCUACCUCUAGUCGUGGCACGAUGCGCACCUAGUACUAAGGUGAGGAUGAUCGAGGCGCUUCAUCGUCGCGGCCAAUACGUCGGUAUGACUGGGGACGGCGUAAAUGACAGCCCGAGCUUGAAACGCGCUGACAUCGGUAUUGCCAUGGGCUCUGGGUCGGAUGUCGCCAAAGAAUCUUCCGACAUCGUCUUGACGGACGAUAACUUCGCCUCGAUUCUCAACGCCAUCGAGGAGGGCAGGCGAAUCUUUGACAAUAUUCAGAAGUUUAUCCUCCACGUUCUGGCAGCCAACAUCGGAUUUGUAUGCGCUCUGCUGACAGGAUUGGCCUUCAAAGACCAGUCUGGUGUUUCGGUCUUCCAGCUGUCUCCCGUGGAGAUCCUUUGGAUGCUUCUUGGAACUGGCGCAUUCUGUGAAACUGGUCUUGGUUUCGAGAAAGCGGUGCCGGAUAUCCUCAACCGUCCUCCUCAAAAUCUCAAAUACGGCGUCUUCACGCCUGAGUUUCUAUUCGACAUGGUGUUUUACGGCGUUCUCAUGGCGGGCUGCGUUCUCGGCUCUUUCACAAUUGUUGUGUUCGGGUUUAAUGACGGCAACCUAGGAUUGGAGUGCAACAAUGCCUUCUCAAAAGCGUGCGAGCCCGUAUUCCGUGCGCGGGCUACGUGCUAUACGACGAUGACGUGGAUCUUCUUGCUGUUUGCUUGGGAACUGAUCGACUCGCGCCGGUCGCUUUUCUACAUGCCUCAAGGCUUCAAGGCUUGGGGUCAACACUUGUGGGGCAACAAGUUCCUCUUCUUCUCAGUCACGAUCGUCUUCUUCGUCGUGUUCCCGACGCUGUACAUCCCGGUUUUGGAUCAUGUCGUGUUCAUGCACCACGGCAUCAGCUGGGAGUGGGCUGUGGUCUUCAUCGAUGUUUUCGUUUUUAUGGUCGUUGCUGAGGCGUACAAGUGGGCCAAGCGGACAUAUGUCAGACGGAGAGGAAACCAGUCAGGUAUCGUUGGAUUCGGUGAUGAUGAGGAAUCAUCUCUAUAG